AUGCUGCUAGAUGACCAUACUGCGCUUGAGCUGGGCGAAUCGCCCUCUAGUUUGCCCACCUUAAGAGAUAUUGAUCAACCUGUCGGACCUGCCUCUGGCAACGUUGCUAUAAGUUCCAUCAACCUCUCUUGUCCGAUCGACAACCAUUUGUGCUCCGCACCCUGUCAACUUUCUUCAGGUCUUGGGGUGUCUGGCCUUUGCGCUGCUGUGGUGGCUAGUGGCAGAAACCGAGUAGCACCUUGUGGCAACCCCUCUGAGCCUCAUCAAAAGCACAAUUGGCCCGCCGAUGAUAAGCCUGAGAUGCAUGAGGAAAAUGUUCGAUGUGAGAUAGACAACAUAUCGGUCUCGACUCCAACCUUGUCACCGACCUCUCUUUUAUCGGACAAGCCAACUUUAGCUUCGCCUGUUAAUAUAAAAUCCCAAACGGCGCAUCCCCCCGACUCUUGCAAAAGCGCUUGUGAUCAGGCGUCUGUUGACCUACCGGCCGAAAUUGACGAUCAAGAGCUAUUGUCGGCCGCUAUUCUUGAUAUGGCUCGCCUUUUAGAGCUUCCCGAGAAUGGUGCUGAGGCGCUAGAAGGUCGAGUCUGUCUGGUUGCUGUCGCAGAUGGCACAGUACUCGCUCGCGAGGCAGAGAUGCAGGAAGAGCUCUUGUAUAUCAUCCUAGGACAAAUCAAGACUCUACAAUCAAACUUUGAUCCUAAUACACACAAGGUGCAUCUUUUCAUUUAUAAUGAAAGUUUAAUCUUCGUUUAA